UUGCGAUCUUCAUGCUCUUUUUCCGAUUGUUUCUACAUCUUGUCCGUUUCUCACUCUUUCCAUUCCCUCCUCUUCUCGUCUUUCAACCAUUGUUUUCACCUCCCACCCCCCCCCCCCCCCACACCCCCCCACCCACACACACACACACAAUUUCUCGUUCAUUCCCAUCCUCAACCUUUCUUCCAAAAACACUAAAUUUCUUUCUGGGUCUUAAUCAUACACCAUUGGGGUUUCUUUCUUUCAUUUUCUAUUACAAAAAUACCCAAAAAAAAACUAAAUUUGUUGCCUUGUAGGAUAAUUCACUGGAUUAACACAGAUCUGCACUUUAUGUUCAUGUGUCUAUAAUCUAUUGCGUUACAAUAAAGAAAACUUGUUUAAAAAUUUCUUCUUUUGUUUUUGGGUUUUUUAGCUUUUUUUUUUUUUAUUGUUUUUUUUUUGUUUUUCAAUAUUAUAUCUAUCUUUUUUCUAUAUCUCUUAUAUCUUAUCCUUAUGUAAAUUGAUGAUGACUGAAAAUGAAUGACUUUCAUUCAUCAAUCUCAAUCUGAAAAAGGGUGUAAUUGUUAUUAUAACUGUAUUAAAACUUUUUUAAAAAGAAAAAAAAGAAAAAGAAAAGGGCUUUUUGAAUUUUGAGGUUGCAGGCAAAGUUGAUUUUGUUGUGUUUCUAUUAAGUGGGUUGUGACGGAUUCAUCAAGAGAAGAAAGCUUGUGUUCAGGUGUUCUGGAUUGUGUAAUAAGCAUUCUUAGGGCUCUAAAGAUGGGGUCCUGCUUCUCUGCGGAAAGCAGGAGCCCCCACCCCACUUCGCCCUCUUCAUCACCUUUUAGGAAGAAUAGAAAAAACAGUAGAAAGAAGCUGGGAGCAAGAACUUCUUCAUUUGAGUAUUGGGGGAAUGAGCCUCUUCAUAAGAUACCUGAUAGGAUGUCCCUUAAUGGGUCGUCUAAAUUUGCUUCUUUGUUCACUCAACAAGGCAAAAAAGGUACCAACCAAGAUGCCAUGGUUGUUUGGGAGAACUUUUGUUCUAGAGAAGAUACAAUAUUUUGUGGAGUUUUCGACGGCCACGGUCCAUAUGGUCAUAUGGUUGCAAAAAGAGUGAGAGAUUCACUUCCUCUAAAACUGAAUACUCAUUGGGAAAAUAAUGUAUCUGGUGGGGAAGUCCUCAAGGAGAUUAGUGUUAAUGCAGCAGGAAGCAUGAACUCAGAAGAAGUUGCAUUUAUAUCUGCUGACGAGGAAUCCAGGGUAUCUGUUGAUGCUGAGGAAACGGAAAAAUUCCCAGAAAUCUUUCUAACGCUUAAAGAAUCCUUUUUAAAGGCAUUCAAACUUAUGGAUAGAGAAUUGAAGACACACCAAACAAUCGAUUGCUUCUGUAGUGGGACAACAGCAGUAACUCUGGUUAAGCAGGGUCGUGAUCUUGUGCUUGGAAAUAUUGGUGAUUCUAGAGCUGUGUUGGGUACUAGAGUAAAAGAUAAUUCUCUUGCUGCAGUGCAGUUAACUGUGGAUUUAAAACCUAAUCUUCCAGCCGAAGCAGAGAGAAUUCGCAAAUGUAAAGGGCGUGUCUUUGCUCUUCACGAUGAGCCUGAAGUUUGCCGAGUCUGGUUGCCAAAUAAUGAUUCACCUGGCUUAGCCAUGGCAAGGGCAUUUGGAGAUUUUUGUCUGAAAGAUUUUGGUCUAAUAUCUGUUCCAGAUGUAUCAUACAGAAGACUAACUGAGAAGGAUGAGUUUAUUGUCAUGGCAACAGAUGGGAUUUGGGAUGUGCUAACAAACAAGGAAGUGGUAGACAUUAUAGCGGCUGCACCGCGGCGUUCAACAGCGGCGAGAUCACUGGUUGAGACAGCAGUGAGAGCAUGGAGAUACAAAUAUCCAACUUCAAAAGUCGAUGACUGUGCCGUGGUUUGUCUCUUUCUAGACUCAGACGUUCAAAAAUUAUCGACCGCUUCUCAUACCAACAAGUCCAAAGAACAUCCUCCUAGUUCAGGAAUUCAAGUCAGCAGCAAUGGUGAUAAUGAAGGUGUUUCUGAACCUAAUGUUCUAGCAAGAUCAGGAACAUGCAGAGACGACAAUAAUAAUAACAUUGAUGAAGAAUUUAAGGAAGAGGAGGAGAUAGAUGCUGAGACAGAAAAAGAGUGGUCUGCUCUUGAAGGUGUAUCGCGUGUCAACACAUUAUUAAACCUUCCAAGAUUUAAUCCUGAUAAAGACGACAAAGCAGCUGCAGAAGAAGGGGUCCGAAAACGCAAAUGAAAUUCAAGCAAGCAAUAUUAAGAUGGCUCUUUAGCAUUUUGAUUUUUUUUCCUUCAAUAUUAUUAUUAUUAUUAUUAUUAUUAUUAUUAUUAUUAUAGAUACAUACAUUUUUCUUUUGUUGCUUUUUGGUUCACAUAUGUUUUUAGUUUAUUAUUCCAUUCCCACCAAUUUGAUGGUUUUUGUUUUGGUCUUAGAAAUAUGUCCGGGCUGUUUUAGUGUGUCUGGAAAUUUGUCACCAGUGUCUGUGUGCUUCAAAAAUUUUGUGAAAUAAAAAACUCAUGAUACAUUAAUAAUUAUGUUGCUGGAUAAA